AUGUUCGUGUGGAUAUUUUUAAGCAUUCCCGUCAUCUCCGCGAUGCUGGAUGAAGACGAGUUUACUAUUGUAAGAGAUAGCAAUGAAGACGACUGUAAAAUUUGCUACGGAUUUGACUGCACCGCUUUAAUUGAACCGAGAUGCGCGUAUUAUGGUGAAGUUUAUAACAAUUUUGCGAAUACAGAUGAUUAUGAAACAGAAGAUAAUGAUUUGAACGAAGAAGUUGGGAACAUGAUUCUGCAAUAUGUUGAAAAAGCAUCACAGGGUCCGCAUGAAGAUUGUCUUCCCCUCGUAUCACAGUACACCAACUGCAAUAAAGAGAACAUUUGUGUAGAGUGCAAAAUAUGUGACUGUGAUACAUAUGGAAGAUGGAAUUGUAGCUCAGUUCAGCAUUGUGUGACGGAUGAUCGUCUGGUUGCUGACCACAGAACGUUGGCUGUGGUGUUGGAGAAAGUCCGGAGAUCAUUUACAGAAACGAAUACCGGAGAGAAUGAUAUUGCUAUAUUUUCUUCAAAUGAUGUGAAAGAAAAUAUUCUAAAUAUAAAGAAACGUGAACUAUCUUUAGAUGCAAAUGAUACAAAUGUUCUAUUACCAACAAAUUAUAAUAAUACUAUUGAUACAAUCGAAGAGUUACAGAAAAAUGUAGUACUUUCAUUAAAUAAAAUUGUAAAUGAAAAACAAAAGGAGCUUGAAAAAUUGACUAAUAUCAAAGAAAAGCUCAUUUUGUAUCUCAAAUCGAUUGGAAACAUAAGUAUUCCGAAUGACGUAUCAAAUGAUUCGAAAUACGAUGAAAACUCCAUCAUAAAUUUGUAUCAAUUUGAAGCGAAACAGCCACAAGAGGAUUUAAGAAAAUAUGAUACAAAUACUUUAGAGAAACAUUUGAAAAAAUUAAAAAACGAUAUACAUGAAGUAACACGAGACAUCGCAGGAAUACAAAGAAUGCCAAAUACUUCCAUUCCUCGCGAUCUAAUCGUUCUAAUACGAGCUAUGAAAUACUACGUUAAUAAAGAAAAAAAAAAGCUAAAUAAAAUAAAACCGCAUACAGAUGAUAGUUAUCGGAAACAUUUGAACUCACAUGAUACAAAAGAAAACAACAAUCAGCUUGUAGAUGUUAUAAUUAAUAUUCUAGAAGUUCUAGAUAAAGAUGCACCCGCUAGUGAUGUAUUAGUCACUGUCUCUUCAGACUUAAGGAAAAUAUUAAAAAGAAUAAUUAGAACAUUUUAUCGAGAUAUUUUUGACGUUGAUUCAGAAGCGUUUAAUCCUAAUAACAUUCUGAUUUACCUAACGACUAUAGGAAAUAAAUGGCAAAAUUCCAUACGAGAAAUUGAGAAAUGUUCGAUACAUGAACGUCUUUACAGUCUUAAAUCUUUAAAUAUCGCGUUAUCAAAAGACAUUCUAAAGAUGAAUAAUGCUCUAAAGUUAAUGGAAUUUGCAAAUAAUCGAAGAAUGGCACCGAACAGUGAAGUUUUAGAAGAAAAAGUUUUUAAACUAGCUAACGAUUUGUAUCAAAUGAAAAGUCGAUUAAAGCAUACAAUAAAAUUAAAACCUUAUCAACGUUUUAAAAAUAAAAACAAUAACGCUGUAAAAAAGGAAUCAUUUUUUCAAAAAAUUAAAAAAAUGUUGAAAAGUUCCAAGAAGCAAUUUCGAAAAUUAUUUCACAAAAAUGUUACCAAGUCUGAAAUAGUACGACAGAUGGCAAGGAAAAAAAUGGACGAAAUAAAUAAGAAAAAAAUGUCGGAAUACGAGGAAAUUAUGCAAAGAUGGCAGAACAAUUUGAACAUAAUGUCCGUAAGAAAUAAAAGGUCGUGGCAAGAAGAGUAA